UCACAAAUUGCUAAUAACAUGUGUGAAAAAACAGAACAGAAAGAAAAACAGUAGUUUUUCUUUUAUAAAUUGUGUAAGAAUAUUAGCGGUUUUUCCCUCCUUUUUUAAGUUUUAGACGCAGAAGAUCGCUCAAAUCUCGCUUAGAACCUUGAAAAAUUGUUUUCUGUAGGUUUGACGACGUGCUCUUUCAUUUGGAGAGGUUAAGGAAAUUUUUUAGUGAAAAUGGGUUUUCGAUUGAAAAACCAAGAUCUUUAAAAAACGGGUCUUUAAAUCGAAAGCGGGCAAAAACCAUUGUGAUAUUCGGAAUCAGCACGUUCGAUUACCUAUUGUCAGCCGAGUUUAAGCUCAAACGCGAGGAGGCAGUUGGUGACCUUCCCUCGUCAGAGGGUGGGGGUGGUGGUGGUGAAACUACUAACGGACCAUAUACACUGUUCUUGUUUCUGAUGGAUUCAGACAACCAGAUCUCUUUCUUUUUCUUUCAAAAUAGUUUGCCUAUUUUUACUAGUUAAAGUACGGUAUGGCUAAUAUCUCAGAAUAAGUUCAUUUAACUACCAUGUAACUUUCAUGUUCCGUCAUGGCUCAUGAACAAAGUAACGUAUUCACUCGUUUAUGUGUUUUCAUUAUACGCAAGAAAAUUUCAUUUUUUUUCUAGGAUGAAAAUCCAUUAUUUAAGUUUUAGGUGAACAUUUUUUAUUAAAAAACCCUCUCUCAAUAAAUAAAAUAUCGAAAAAUUGUAUUUAUUCUUUGUUCUAAUAGGCUUUCUUCUCCUUUCUUUUCUUUAGUGUCGGAUGGGAAAUUGUCUGUACUUCGGCCGUCCCAAUGUGAAACAGGCGCAUCCUGCCCGUCAGACUCAUUCUCAGUUUUCGCAUACUACUAACCAUAACACUGCAUCUUCAGCGCUACCUCUCUCUUCUUUAUCACCAUCAUCUUUACUCAUCUCAUCUCAGAUAGCAUCACCUAACGGUAAAAAUGAAGGUGACACAUUUUCAAAUAUUAAACCCCCAUCUUCGCCAACAUUUCUUCCAUCAUCGUCAACGGCAUCGGUGAAUUCGUCUUUAACACCACAACCAUUCACUAUAGCAGCGCUUGCAACAUCCGUCCCAUUUGCAAUUUUAAAUGGCGGUAUUAAUCCAUUACACAAACCAACGUUGCAAUAUAUUAUAAUGCGAGAACGAGUGAAGAUUUGA